UCAUCCGAUCUUCAAACCCUCAUCUGUAAUAUUUAAACGCGUUCAAGGCUGUUCUUGUCCUUUCCACAUGUGUUUUCAUCACCUCCGCCAGCUGCCUAGCUGUAGGUUGUAGCACUACGAACUUCCCAUUUCAGAUACACACCAUAACUCAAAUGUUGGUUCACUCACCUACUAUCUUUCUUUCUCCAAUUAUUAAACAAAAUAUGACCUAAUAUCUCUUCCUUACCAUCUUCUCCCAUUUCACUCACUCAGUUUCUUUCUUUCUUCGGCUUCCAGAAAAGGUAAAAUGGCUUGAAACUCUCUUCAUUUACACGGUAUUUGACGACCAACUCUUUUUUUUGGGGGGUUGCCUUUUGAGGUUGCUAGCUUGUCCCUUGGAUCUCAAAUCUUUACACUCUUUUAGCUAAGGAAUUCUGGGCUUGCAUUCAUUUUUUCAUUGCUGCUCAAAUAUUAAGUCUUUUCUUUUUCUGUCUCGGAUCCCGCAUUAUGAACUCAUGAGGAACUCAGUUGAUCCCUCCUUUCCGAUGUCUGUUAUAAUUUUUUUGUCCUUGCUGUUGCUGUUGUUUCAACUUGUCUUAGCUGCUGAUUAUGUACCAACUGAGAAAAUCCUCCUAAAUUGCGGCGAAAAAUCAGAGCUUACCGACAACGAUAAUCGGAAAUGGACUCCGGAUUUUGGGUCCAAGUUUCUGGUCGGAACUGGGAAUUCCGUCAUUUCCCGAGCUGCCACGCAAGAUCCCGCGGUCCCCGAAGUUCCUUACUUGACCGCCCGGGUUUUCCGCUCUAACUUUACCUAUAGUUUCCCGGUCGUAGCCGGUCGGAAAUUUGUUAGGUUGUAUUUCUAUGCUAAUUCAUAUGAUGACCGGAAUUCGAGCAAUGCUUUGUUUUCCGUCACAUCUGGUUCUUAUACUCUUCUUAAGAAUUUCAGUGCUGCUCAAACAAGUGAAGCUAUGAAUUACGCCUUUAUUGUUAAGGAGUAUUCCAUCAAUGUAGAUGGUGACCGCUUGAACUUGACAUUUAGUCUCGGUUCGACCCCUUCCAAUGCGUAUGCGUUUGUCAAUGGGAUUGAGGUUUUGUCAAUGCCUGAUAUUUAUAGUAACACCGAUGGGAUAACGAUUGUGGGGCAGAACUCACAGUUCACUAUCGAUAACAGCACAACUCUCGAGAAUAUUUACCGGCUGAAUGUGGGUGGAAACGAUAUCUCGCCUUCUGGUGAUACAGGUCUGUUUAGGUCUUGGUAUGAUGACCAGCCCUACCUUUUUGGGGCUGCACAUGGAGUUUCAGGAGCUGCGGAUCCGAAUGUGACAAUCGAUUAUGGUACCAUGCCGAGGUAUAUUGCACCACAAGAUGUGUACACCACUGCUAGAUCCAUGGGGCCAAAUGCUCAAGUGAACUAUAAUUAUAAUUUAACCUGGUUGUUCAGUGUUGACUCUGGAUUCUCUUACUUGGUUAGGCUACAUUUCUGUGAGUUUACGGAUAACAUUACUAAGGUUAAUCAGAGAGUGUUUGAUGUCUUCCUUAACAACCAAACUGCCGAGCAAGGUGUUGAUGUGAUUGCGCUGGCAGAUGAAGUUGAUGUUCCUGUGUUUAGGGAUUAUGUGGUCAUCGUUCCUGGAGGGAAUUCACAGCAGGAUCUAUGGCUUGCAUUGCAUCCAGACCCAAGUAGCAAGCCCCAGUAUUAUGAUGCACUCUUAAAUGGUGUGGAGAUAUUCAAGAUAAGUGACCCAAAAAGCAAUCUAGCAGGGCCCAAUCCAACCCCUGGUCCAAAACAGAAUGUAGUUAAUCCAUCAUUGGCUUUGCCAUCUAGCCAAGGUCAUUUGAAGAACCAGAAAGCAAUUAUCGCUGGGGGGGUCAGUGGUGGACUGGUUCUAGCUCUUGUUAUUGGUUUCUGUGUUGUUACUGCAUCACGUCGUCGAAGGCAUGGAAAUUAUACGAGCCCGAGUGAUGGUCCAUCAGGAUGGCUUCCUCUUUCAUUGUACGGAAAUUCACACUCUGCAGGUUCAGCAAAGACAAAUACUACAGGGAGCUAUGCUUCAUCCCUCCCUUCAAACCUUUGCCGGCAUUUCUCAUUUGCCGAGAUCAAAUCUGCCACAAAAAACUUUGAUGAGGCUUUAGUCCUUGGGGUGGGAGGUUUUGGCAAAGUUUACAAAGGAGAAAUUGAUGGCGGGACAACUAAAGUUGCAAUCAAGCGUGGCAAUCCGCUAUCUGAGCAAGGUGUGCAUGAGUUCCAGACUGAGAUUGAAAUGCUUUCAAAACUUCGACACCGCCACCUUGUUUCGUUGAUUGGUUACUGUGAAGAGAAUUGUGAAAUGAUCCUAGUUUAUGAUUAUAUGGCUCAUGGAACAUUGCGUGAACAUCUAUACAAAACAAAAAAGCCACCUCUUCCUUGGAAGCAAAGGCUGGAAAUAUGCAUUGGGGCUGCUCGCGGUUUGCACUAUCUCCACACUGGUGCCAAGCACACUAUCAUUCACCGGGAUGUGAAGACAACAAACAUUCUUCUCGAUGAGAAGUGGGUGGCAAAAGUUUCUGAUUUUGGAUUAUCAAAAACUGGCCCCACAUUGGAUCAUACUCAUGUGAGCACUGUCGUGAAGGGUAGCUUUGGCUAUUUGGAUCCCGAGUAUUUCAGACGACAGCAGCUAACUGAUAAGUCUGAUGUUUACUCUUUCGGGGUUGUCCUCUUUGAGAUCCUGUGUGCACGUCCAGCAUUGAAUCCUACACUGCCGAAGGAGCAAGUGAGCCUUGCAGAGUGGGCUGCACAUUGUCACAAGAAAGGCAUCCUAGAUCAGAUUAUGGAUCCUUAUCUGAAAGGGAAGAUAACACCGGAAUGUUUCAAAAAGUUUGCCGAGACAGCAAUGAAGUGCGUGGCUGAUGAGGGAAUCGAGAGACCAUCUAUGGGUGAUGUGCUGUGGAACCUUGAGUUUGCCUUGCAGCUGCAGGAGAGUGCAGAAGAGAGUGGGAAGGGAAUUGGUGAAAUGGACAUGGACGAGGGGAGCUAUGAAGGAACCUGUAAAGGGAAGAAAGAUCCGAAUGCAUCCCUGGGGUAUGAUGGUAACAUAACUGAUUCUAGGAGCAGCGGGAUGAGCAUGAGCAUCGGUGGUCGCAGCCUGGCUAGUGAAGACUCAGAGGGUUUGACACCUAGUGCUGUUUUCUCACAGAUCAUGAACCCUAAAGGGCGUUGAGAUGAGAAGUGCACAAGUGAUUGUUGCAUGACUUGAGCAUGGCAUGGAAUGGAAUAUAGGAAUAUUGAGUUUUGUUGUGGCAUUCAUUUCACUUAUAAUUAGUAUAAUCUGCUUUACAUAUUCACUCUGAUAAUAUGUGUUAUAAUCCAAGUGGGGUUGUUGUAACUUGCAUGUAAAAGAAAUAUAAGAAAAAGGGUGGUCCUAUUAUGUAAA